UCCAGGACCGCUGCUGCCCGGGGAAGCCUUAAGUGGAGAUGGAGUCAUCAGAUGAUGAUACUCUAAGCGAGCGCUCCUGCGUCAGCGAGCCGUCCUUCCGCAGCGAACGCUCAGGGGGGUCGUUAUCCCCGUGCCCAUCAGGACCUGUGGGCCCGCCAGGAGACACUUUGCCAUGGAACCUGUCCAAACAUGAACGGAAGAAGAGGAAGAGCCAGGAUUCAGUGUUGGACCCAGCAGAGAGGGCAGUGGUUCGUGUUGCAGAUGAGCGGGACAGGGUGCAGAAGAAAACCUUCACAAAAUGGGUCAACAAACAUCUCAUCAAGGUGAGGAAGCACAUCACAGACUUGUAUGAGGACCUGAGGGAUGGGCACAACCUGAUUUCCUUGCUGGAGGUCCUCUCUGGAGUCACCCUGCCCAGAGAGAAGGGCCGAAUGAGAUUUCAUCGACUGCAGAAUGUCCAAAUAGCGCUGGACUUCCUCAAACAGAGACAGGUCAAACUUGUGAACAUCAGGAAUGAUGACAUCACUGAUGGGAACCCCAAACUGACAUUAGGACUCAUCUGGACCAUCAUCCUUCACUUCCAGAUUUCAGAGAUCUAUGUGUGCGGCGAGUCAGCUGACCUCACAGCCAAAGAGAAGCUGUUAUUAUGGAGCCAGCAGGCGACAGAAGGCUACCCGGGCCUCCGCUGCGUCAACUUCACCUCAUCGUGGAGCGACGGCCGCAUGUUCAACGCUCUGCUGCACAGUUUCAGGCCCGACCUGAUCGACAUGGAGGUGGUGUCGCAGCAGAGUAACCGUGAGAACCUCGAGCAGGCCUUUGAGAUCGCCGAGUCUUUAGGAGUGACCAGACUGCUGGACGCUGAGGACGUCGAUGUUCCCUCUCCGGACGAGAAGUCGGUCAUCACUUACGUCUCCUCGAUCUACGACGCUUUCCCUAAAAUCCCCGAGGGAGGAGAGGGCAUCGCCGCACACGAGGUGGACCAGCGCUGGUCGGAGUACCAGUCCAGGUUCUCGUCUCUGCUCCAGUGGAGCCGCCAGCAUACGGUCCUCAUGGCCAACAAGAACUUCCCACAGAACCCCGUAGAACUCAAGGCACUUUACAACGAGUACGUCCAUUUCAAAGAGACGGAGAUCCCAGCGAAGGAGAUGGAGAAAGGUCACAUCGAACACCUCUACAAACUGCUGGAGGUGUGGAUAGAGUUUGGUCGUAUUAAGCUUCCUCAGGGCCUUCAUCCCAACGACCUGGAGGAGGACUGGGGUAAACUCAUCCUGGAGAUGCUGGAGAGAGAGAAGGUCCUCCGGCCGGCCGUGGAAAGGUUGGAGCUGCUGCUGCAGAGAGCCAAUAAGAUCCAGAACAUGUCACUGGACUGUGAGGAGAAACUCACCCUCGCUAAGAACACGCUGCAGGCUGACAUGUCCCGGGCGGAGAGCGGCGAGGCGGUGCAGUGUGAGAGGGAGCUGGUCUGCUACCUGCAGGACUGCGAGUCUCUGAUCCAGCAGCUCAACCAGGAGCUCAAAAUCCUCAGAGAUGAGAAAUACUACCAGGUGGAGCAGCUGGUGUUCAGAGUUUCCCGGCUACAAGAGGAGCUUGUCUCCCUCAGACUGCAGUGCUCCAGCGUGUACAGGAAAGGCCACUUCUCUCAGGCCCUGGGCACCACGGGGACAGAGCACAUCAGCCAGAGGGCCCCCGACAGCAGCCUGUCUCUGGGGCAGACGCUGCUGGGAGCCGUGGGAGCGGUCGGAGCUGCGCUCCUGCGGCGGCCGAUGGCUCGCUCCCAGCUGGUGGCCAUGUCUUCAUCAGAGGACGAAGGCAGCCUGAGGUUCAUCUAUGAGCUGCUUGGAUGGGUGGAGGAGACGCAGGAGCUGCUGGAGCGUGCCGAAUGGGGAGCAGACCUCGCCUCUAUAGAGAAAAACCUCGAAGAGCACAACAGCAUACACACUGCAGUGGAGGAGCUGAGGAGCGGCCUGCAGGAGGCGCGCAGCUACGAGACUAAAGUCUCCCCCAACUUCAAGAGCAGUUACUCUGAGACCCUGGCCAAGCUGGAGCACCAAUACUGCAAACUACUGGAACAUUCGUCAUGGCGCCUGCGGAGCCUGGAGAGCCUGCACGCGUUCGUGUCGCAGUGCACCGACGAGCUGAUCUGGCUCAACGAGAGGGAGGAGGAGGAGAUCGCCUUCGACUGGAGCGACAGCAACACCAACAUGAACGCAAAGAGAGAUUUAUACAGUGAGCUGCGGUUAGAGCUCGCUGACAAACGAGAUGCGAUGCAGUCGCUCCAGGAAACGGCCGCCCGUCUGUGUCAGGAGAACCAUCCGGCCAAGCAGACUGUGGAGGCUUACAGUGCAGCCCUGCAGACUCAGUGGCAGUGGGUGGACCAGCUCUGCGUGUGUGUGGAGCAACAUCUCAAAGACAACACGGCGUACUUCCAGUUCAUGAGUGAUGCUCGGGACUGUGAGUCAUACCUCCGCCAGCUUCAGGAAACCAUCAAGAGACAGUACAGCUGUGACAAGAGCAGCAGGCUGAGCAAACUGGAAGACCUGCUGCAGGACUCGAUGGAGGAGAAGGAGCAGCUCAUUGAGUAUCGGAGUACAGUAGCCAGCCUCGUGGGCCGGGCCAAGACGGUGGUGCAGCUGCGCCCCCGCAGCGCAGAGAGCACGCUGGGAGCUACAACGCCCAUCAGAGCCAUCUGUGACUACAGGCAGAUUGAGAUCACGAUAAGUCGAGGAGAGGAGUGUGUGCUGCAGGACAACUCUCAGAGGACCAAGUGGAAGGUGAUCAGUCCAACGGGGAACGAAGCCAUGGUCCCCUCUGUGUGUUUCAGCGUCCCGCCUCCGAACCAGGAGGCCAUCGACACAGCCAGCAGAGCUGAACAGCUGUACCAGAAGGUCAUGUCUCUGUGGCAUCAGCUGCACGUGAACAUGAAGAGUGUGGUGUCCUGGCACUACCUGGUCAAAGACAUCAGGACCGUCUCUGGGUGGAACCUGGACACGGUUCGUAGUCAGUCUCCGUCAGAGCGGCAGCAUGUCCUCGAUCACCUGGAGUCCCAGCUGGCCGACUUCCUGUCAGACAGCAAAGACAGCUCUGUGUUCACGCCGGCCGAGAGACGAGAGCUCGAGAAGGACGUUCAGCAGGCCCAGCAGCACUGCCAGGACCUGCUGCUUAACAUGGAGACGGUGGAGAAGGAUGAGUCCGUCUCUCGGUCCUACCUGUCAGAGCUGCAGAACAUCACCCUGUGCAUUAACGAGGCCGAGCAGAGACUGAUGAGGAGCAUCGAGACUCCGCCUCACAUCCUGCUGUCAGGUGACAGCGCUGACACCACCGUCCAGAUUAGAGAACAGGAGAAGCUGCAGUCAGAGCUGGACGGCCUGCGCUCCAGUCUGGGCGAUGCGUCUCGUCGUUGCGUUAAAUUCUUCGAGGAGAAGCCAACCUCGUCCAGCAUCCCUGUCCUCCGCUCGGAGCUCAAUCAUGCUGUGGACAAGAUGGAUAAACUCCACAACCUCUCAGCUGUCUACCUCGAAAAGUUAAAAACAGUGGAAGUCCUGAUCCGUAGCCUGGAUGAAGCAGAGAGCCAAGUCAGGAAGUACGAGAGCAGACUAAGUGAAGAAGACAUUGUUCCAGCCGACACAACGUCCAUCCGAAACCUCCGAGAUCAGCUGGGGAGGUGGCAGGCCGAGCUGGCCGAGCAGGAGGGCAUCUUCCAGUCUCUGCAGCUGGGAGUGCUCCGGGCCAAAGAGGCAGGGACCCAGCUCAGCCGGCUCCAUCCAGACCGCAGCCCUGAAAUCGAGCGCUACCAGGACAAAGCCAGUCAGAUAACAGAGAGGUGGGGUGGAAUCAAACGACAGAUGGAGACGCGACAAGCGGAGCUCGACGCUCUGGGGUCGUCCCUGCAGCAGUACAGAGACGGCCACUCGGCUUUGAUCAAGUGGAUCGAAGAGACGACGGAGAGACAAGAAAACACACAGCCUGGACAGAUGGACAGCAAAGCGCUGUCUGAGCAACUGGCCCAGCAGACCGCCUUGGUAGCUGAGAUCGAACAGAACCAGACCAAACUAGACGAGUGUCAGACUCACUCCAAACAGUACUGUGCCUCCGUCAAGGAUUACGAGCUACAGCUGAUGACGUACAGAGCCUUCGUCGAGUCGAUGCACAAAUCGCCUGUGAAGAGGAGGAGGAUGCACUCUUCCUCUGAUGCCAUCACUCAGGAGUUUAUGGACUUGCGCACACGAUAUACCGCCUUAGUGACCUUAACCACCCAGCACGUGAAGUACAUCAGCGAUGCUCUGAGACGACUGGAGGAGGAGGAGAAAGAGGUGGAGGAGGAGAAGCAGGCCAGGGUGGGCCAAGUUUCAGACCUGCUGGGCUGGGUCAAAGGCCUCCAGGGACGGGCUGGCGGUCCCAACGCCGAGUCUUCACUUGCUGCUCAACAGGCCAUCAGUGAACAGGUCGCAGCCAAGAAAGAUCAGGUGGCUGAAGCUAUAAGGAGCACACAGGUCUUCCUUCUGUCCAAACAGGCCAGCAAGCUGUCUCCAGAGGAGCGCGCUCACGUGGAAGCUCAGCUGGACGAGCUGACCACCACCUACAAUCAGCUUUGCGACAGCUCCACCCAACAGCUGCAGCAGCUGGAGCAGCAGCUAGCCAAAGAGGAGGAAAGAAAGAAUGAAAUUGCCAUUGCUGGAGUGAUUGACCUGGGAACAGUAGAAACAUUCCCAGUAUUCCAAGCAGCCCGACGCGGUCUUAUUGACCAGGACACCUGCCACGUCCUGCUGGAGACCCAGCUCAUUCUGGGUGGACUGCUUCAGCCUGACUCUCCUGUCAAACUUUCACUGGAGCAAGCUCUAGCUCGAGGCCUAAUUGACACCCACACCAGAGAGUCCCUCUCUGAGCUUGAGAGUGCUUUGCAUGUGGUGGAAAAUACUAAAUCUGCGAGUGAUGAACAGAAAGAAAAUGCCCUGCCUGUAGUUAGAGCCAUGGAGUCUGGGCUAAUCAGAGAGGAGGUGGGACUUCGCCUUCUCGAGCUCCAGAUGAAUACUGGAGGCUUGAGACAUUCAGCCGGAAUAAUGCUGAGUUUGGAGCAAGCCGAAGACAAGAGACUUCUGUCUCCCAGAAUCCUAACCAAGCUCCAGUCGAGACGACACCACAGAGAGCUGAUCGAUCCAAACACAGCUGAGAAAGUAAAUCUGUGUGAGCUGCAGCUGCGAUGUGUCCUCGACGAUGACUCCGGGCUUCUUCUCUUCCCUGUUAAGCAGCAGCCUGGAGGAACUGUUUGCCUCCGUUCUGGAAGAAAAGUCGGUAUUUUCCGUGCAGUGCAGGAAGGACUGAUUGAUCGGAAAGUUACUGUACGACUUCUCGAAGCUCAGCUUUUUGCCGGUGGCGUUGCAGACCCGCGAUCUGGCCAUCGGCUGACGAUUGAUGAAGCUGUUCGCCACGGGCUUAUGGACCAGGAUCUAGCCUGCGCCAUGUUAGCACGUCAACUGCAAAACGGGGGGAUUCUGGACCCCUUCAGCGGGGAGCGCCUGGAUUUAGAGGAGAGUAUUCACAGGGACCUUCUCUCCCCUCGUUUGGCUCUGUUGGUCCUUGAAUCUCUCUGGGCUUUUAUCGGCUUGCUCUGGCCAGAAACUGGAGAGGUUCUACCCAUUGCUGAGGCUGUUCAACAAGGUGUGAUAUCGGGGGAUCUAGCAAGGAGCGCUCUGAGACAGCGGCAUGCCAUCGGGGCUUUGUACAACCCGGAGACCCUCCGGGUGCUGCCGCUGAACAGGGCCGCUGAAGAGGAAUUGGAGCCCAGUGUGAUCAGUUUCCUCAAAGAAGUCCAUAUUCCAGAUGUUCUUUCCAGCAUGAACCAAUCAGGUACCCCAUCGCUAAACCGCCACAGCUGGGGCUCCACCAGCUCCUCCUCUCCUCCGGCCUCUCCGCUGCCUCCACCAUCUCCAGCAGGCCUUGUGUGGGAAACUACACAAACAAACGGGAAGGAUCCUGAAGAACAAGCUGAACACAAGCUGCUGUUUCACCUCAUGACUCACAGUUAUGUAGAUGCUCAUUCUGGAAAACGCCUGGUGCUGCUGAACCCUGAGCUGAUGCUGAUAGUCAAGGACACUGGCGUGGUUGCAGGAGGAUCUGCUACAGAUAAGCAGAGUAGUUUGACCGAUAAUGGAGCGAGUGAAGAUGACGGCAGUGGUUCCAGUUUGGUCACGCCGAGCAAGGACUUUGAGAUCAGUGGUGCAAGCAGUCUAGAAGAAAAUCACGAGGGUGACAAAGACAACAGAUCACUGCAGGAACCAUCGACAAUGCAAGAACAUGAUUUGGCUGUUUCAGCUAAAUAUGAAACUGUUGAUAAAACUGCAAAGGCAGAUGAACAAGAGAAGGACGUCACCAGUCUGGACAGUUUAGUUUCAGCUAAACGCCUUAAAGGCACAGAUGAAAUGCUACAAACUGGAUCCCAACCCACAGAUAGCAGAACAACAGAAGUUAUUCAAAGUGCCAGAGCGCCGCUCAGGUCAGGGGGCGAUAUUGAAGGGAAGACAUUAAAAGACCUCAUCCCAGAAAUGAAAGUAAAUGAAGAUGUUGACUUAACACAGUCUCAAGAAAGGAAAGAUGUAAAACAGACUGAAUCAGAUGUAAGAGAGACUGACUCAGAGAAAGCUAAACCUCAGGCUGAUGUCCCUGAAUCAGUGGUGGAGAAGCACAGGGAGGAUGCUGAACUGGAGAGGUUAGUCCUGCAGCUCAAACAGGGAGGUCUGAUGACAGAAGAAGGGGAAAAGCUGCUGCCAGACGAGGCUGUAGCCCAGGGCGUCCUUCCUGGCCAUGCAGCUGUUAAAUUAAUGGCUCAGGCAGGUUUGUUUGGGGGGUUCCUAGAAGCCAGCAGUGGUGAGUCACUUACCAUGGAAGAAGUCAUGCAAGAAGGUUUACUAGAUGAAGAUCUAAUGUGGGGUGUCCUAAAGUCCGAUAAAACCCUCGCAGGAGUUGUGGAUGUAGAGAAAAGGCAGAUCUGUGGGGUGAGGGAGGCGGCUCAGGUGGGGUUGAUUGAUCCCAACACAGCUGCUCGACUUCUGGAAGCACAAGUGGCAUCGGGGGGGAUUGUUGACCUGCGUAGGGAUAAGAAAGUCUCGGUGACUUUAGCAGCAAACCUGGGGCUGAUUGAGGAGGACCAAAGAGAAGAACUUGCAGCACUGGAAAAGGCGUACAAGGGAAAGGAUACAGACUCCACAGCAUCCUUUAAGAAAGCCAGUUUACAGCUGCAGAUGGAAGGACUUGUUGACCCAGAGUCCAAGUCUCCGGUUCCUCUAGAACUAGCUAUUCAGAAAGGCUUAAUUAGACCAGAGGAGACUUAUCAGGUGUUGGCAAGGCAGGUAGCUGAAGGUGGUAUAAUUCACCAUCCCUCAGGAAUGAGGCUUCCGGUCUCUGAUGCCGUUGAUAGAGGACUAGUAGAUCGGUCCAUUGCUCCUGGGUUAGAGGAACUAGAGUGGGUCUACCAAGGAAAAGUAAGUCCUUCACUUCACCCAGAAGCUUUUGUUUUCCAAGCAUCAACAGGAGCUAUUUUCAAGCCUGACACUGGAAUUAAACUAACCUUGACAGAGGCGGUCUCUAAGGGUCUUCUAGAUGAGAACAAAGCCAGUGAAGUCAUGGCGUGUCCCACAGUAACUCAGGGAGUGCUUGACCCCCAAACAGCACGCAUCGUGCCCUAUUCAGAUCUUGUAAACCAGGGUAAGAUAGAUAUUGAAACAGGGAAACGCUUCUUGGAAGUGAAGCCGUUCCGUGGUGUUCAGGAUGAGCAAACAAAUGAAAUCUUGACCCUUCCCGAGGCCGUUGCAUUACAGAAAGUGGACCCGGCCCCAGCACUCAGGCUUCUCCAAAGCCAGGCGGACAGCGGUGGGAUCAUCGAUAUCAGAACUGGAGAAAGGCUGUCCCUGCCUGAAGCCUCUACGAGGGGCUUAGUUGGAGCGGAAAUGGUCAAAGAAAUCGCUACCAACCAGUUUAUGAAAGGAGGCUUAGUUGAUCCAGCCACUGGACAGCGAAUCUCAAGUCUCAGUGAUGCAGUUGCCGUAGGAUUGAUAUCUAGUAAUGUGGCCUCAGAGAUUCAGGAUAAAGUGGUAUCAGUAGAGACUGUGAGCAGUGAAGACAGCUCUACACCUGUUCCCUCAUCAGAUAGUACAUACAGCCCUGCUAUCAUGUCAUCAUCAAGUCCAGAGAGUGCAGCAAACUGGUCUGAUGUAAACAUAGAGGAGCCCGUGAGAUCUCCAUUCUCAAAGAGAGGUUUAGAAGUUGCACAAGAUGAUGAGAAGACAUCGAGACCUGUAGCUUCACAUCAGUCAGCGUUAUAUGACACGCCUGCAGGAGAGGAGAAAGUAGACGAAUCUGAGUCAGUGGAAGAAAAGUCUUUGAGACAGCCAGACGAGUCCAUGGACGUCUUAUUUAAGUUUGCAACUAAUGUUGAGAAAAGAAUCCAGCAAGCCAUAAAAGAAAUUGCACCACAGGACGAGAGUCUUCGCAAACAGGAGACAGAUGAGACGCUGCAAACAGGUGAUGAGCAAAGGGAAAACAUCAUCAGAGCUUCUGUGGGAGAACUCGAGCAGAAACGGAUCUGUGAUGCUGAAACAGAGUUACUGAAAGAGGGCGGUGGGGACAUCAGUGGGGAACCUGAGCAGGAGGGAGGGAAAGAGUGUGUUUCUGAAGGUGGAGGCCUGACAGGUCCUGUGGUAGGAAUGCUGACAGAUGACCUGGAAAGCAAAGAGGGUGAUGAACUGCCGCAGCUGGGUGAAGAGGAAUCUGGAAAGGAUGAUCAGGCAGUGCAGAGAGAGGAUGCCAUAAAUGAGAAGGCUGAAGUAGUGGAGAAAGAGAAGCCCUCAAAGGUCGAAGAUUCAGAGAUCAAACCCAGCACUGAUGUUGAGCAGUCAGAGCAGUUACUGACGUCCGCAUCCAAAGAGUCAGAAAACAAGAGCAAAAAGAAGAGGAAGAGUAAGAAGAAGGCCAAAGGUAAAGAGGCAGAGAGUGAAGCACGCCCUCCAGAGAUCAAACAUCCAUCUCAAAUUGAUCAAACUGAGGCAGGAAUGGGAGGAAAAUCUGUAGAUGUUACUGCAGCUGUAGAUGAGCUUACAUCAGAAGAUACAGCUGAGAAAUCUCAGCAUCCCAGUCAGGCUGCUUCCAAAGGGCCUUCAAUCCAAGGAAGUGACACAAGGACUGAUGAGAAUAAUUUGGUACAACAGAGACAGAAAGAAGUCUUAAAACGAACCACUGAACCAGAGAAAGAGGGUCCUGAAAUGAUGCUGAAGACUGCAGGAAAGGGUGAUAAGAGAGAGGAGAUAAAAAGAGAGGAGCUGGAAGAGAAACCUGAAGAAAAGACUUUUGUUUCUGUGCAGCCAGAAAAACCAGACAGCAUUCAGGAGGUGCAGAGAAGCAAAGAGCGAGAGCUGCCUCAGAAAUCAACUCUACCAGACAAAGAGAAAGCGGCCCUGAUCCUGAAGGCCAAAGAGAGUAUUCUCAAAAAGGUGUUUGAAAAAAGUGUGAGUGAGAAACAGGCUGCCGAGGAGCUGCAGGCGCUGCGCAAGGAGGUGGGGAAGAAGGAGGGCAAAGCUACGCCUGUUGGUGGCGUACAGGCAGAGACAAGGGAGGAGGGAGUGGAGAGUGAUGUUGUCACGAGAUCCCGUGGUUCAUCAGAGGACAGUAAAGAGGAGAGGAGUGUCAAGGCGGGCAAAAUGAAAUUGCCAAAAGUCACAGAAACCGUGACUGUGGAGAAAUGUUUGAUCGAGGAGACCACAAAGGUCAAACUAUCAGAGGCUUCUUCAAAUGGAAAAGAAAAGGGGACAAGUUUUGAAAAGGAAGACGCACAGAGAGACGUUCAGACAGCUGCUUCUGUCCAAGCUAAAGAACAUCAGCCAAGUAAACAAAGCAAGAAGAGCAAAAAGUCCAAGAGUCCAAAAGUGGCAGAAAAAGUGGAUCCUGAGAGGUCACUGAGCAAGGAAAAGGUGGAGAUCACUACAACAGAAAUCACCACAAAAUCCACUGUGGAGAAAGCAGAUCUGAGAAGCUCAGGUGUGACUGAGGAGCAGAAGGUGGGCAAACGUGAUGAGAGGCGGUCACCUUCAGCUGGUGAGGAGGCGAAUGAGGCGGAGCUGCCUGCAGUUAAUAUUCAAGCAGCUGAGACUCUUCAACCAAUGUCACAUUUACAUCAAGCACAGAGACCCAGUUAUCAUGUUCAGGUGGAAGAGACUGCUGGUGGGAAAGAUGAACUCCACUCAGGUACCGGAGGUGUGAUCACAUCCGCUGACUCUUCCCAUGAUGGAUACGCUCAGCCCGAAGCUCAGCCCACAGCUCCUGAUCCACAGCCUGAUAAAACAGCUGGAAAAAGCAGAAAGAAGAAAAAGCAACAACCAGCUAAGGUCGAAAGGACCGAGACGCCAGAAUCAAAAUCUUUUAAAAACCAACAGCAGCAUCGUGACGCCUCAGAAACACCACCUUUGCUCUCAGAAGAUGCUUCAGCUGAGUCUGAAUCACCCGCACUCCCCGAGUCUGAUACAACCGCUGAGAGCUGGGGAGAGGAAGAGGAAGAGGAGGGGGGUCACUCCAGCAGGAGUUCAGAACAUGUGUCAAAAACAGAGGGAACAUCUGUGACCGCCAAGUCGUCAUUAAUGCGUCAGGAAUGCCUGGAGCAUGACCAGAGGACUGUAGCCCUGCUCUCCAUGGUCAGACAUAUUGAGGUCCAGCUUAAGCAGCAGCAGCAGCACUCUGUUGGCCGCAGCCUCAUCGCAUUGGAGGACGUCAUCAGGCAGACUGAGAAUCUGGACCUUGAACUGCGCGACAUGGAGCCUGAGAUCAACAAAGAGGUGGAGGCGGCCGAGCAACUGCUGAAACCCCGACCGAAAGAUGUUCCUCCUCAGCUCUUAUUGGCCCUGGAAAAGGAUGGGCGGAGCUUGGCUCGAGGGUACGAGGCUGCCAGAGCGCUUUCUGAGGGCAUUCUGCAAAGUCUGCGCGACCACAGAGACUCAUAUAAGGACGCAGUCACAGCUGAGCAGAAGUCACUGGGACAGCAUGUGGAGAGCCUGCUGGCUUGGCUGAGGGCGACAGAGGCUCAGAUGGAUGGAGGAAUGGCAGGGACGGAAAAAACAGAGAGAGAGGAUAAAGAUGAGCUCACACAGCAGCUGAAUCUUUGCAAGGAGCUGCAGGCCUCUCUCUCGGCUCGCUCCAGCGAGGUCAACAGUGCAGUCUUUGACAUUCAGGUGUUCAUCUCAGAGCGGGCGCAGGACCUCGCCCCUGAGCAGAGCAGGCAUCUUCUGGGGCAGCUCCAGCAGCUGCAGAAGGCCUUCCACAGAGCGUCGGCCCAGGCCUGGGCCGACGCUCUCUCUGCCCAGAGAGAAAGGGAAGAGGAGCGGCGGCGCGAGGAGAAGGAGAAAGAGGAGGAGGAGGCGAGAGAGAGGCAGAGUGCGAGGGAGAGAGAGGUGGUUCAGCAGCAGAAAGCUGAGUGCUCUCAGAAACUGGAAGGCCUCAGCACGUGGUUGGCUGGAGCUGCAGGUUUGCUGGCCAGUCAGAGACCUGGAGCAGAGUCGGGCGAUGUGGACGUCCUGCAAGAGAAGCAGAGGAAGCUAAAGGAAGUCCAGAAAGACCUCCAGACUAAAGGGGAGGGCAUUGCUGAGGCCAUCAGGUCUGCAGAGGAGCUUCUGUCAGAGCGAGGACAAACUCUGAGCCCAGAGGAGAGGGAGAACCUGCAGGGGGCGCUAGCAAGAAUGAAGGCGCAAUACAGAGCCCUGACAGAUUCAGCCAAUGCCACGCUGUCCGAGCUCGACACGGCCAUCAACAACACCGUGCAGCAGAACACACAGAAGGCGAAGGCAGUGGAGGAGCUACAGGAGACCCAAAGCCACAUAGACUCUCUACUGAAUGAGCUGUCCUCCCUUAACCAACCUGCCAAGAGAUUAGCUGGACCUGCAGCAGCCCAGGAUGUUUGUGAUGCACCUUUUUCACAGCACGAGGGCGCUGUGAUGUCACACACUGAGAGGCUUCAGGCGGAGCUUCAGCAGCUCCAGGCCCAGCAGGCACAGCUGCUGCAGGUCACCCAAUCAACUCGCUCCCUUUUGGACCAGCCUGACACAACGGUUCCUCCUGAGGAGAAACGGCGACUCAGGGCUGCCCUGGACCAGCUGCAGGCUCAGCACCAGGACAGACUGCAGAGCUGUCAGGACCGUCUGAGGAAGUCUGAGGUUCUGAAGGAUGAGCUGACAAAAUUCCUCCAGGAACAUGGAAGUUUGGGUACCUGGCUAGAACAAAGCGAGCAGGAGCUUCGUUCUCUCGGCGAAGGAGAAACAGAUGCACAGGGGCUGAAGAGCAGGCUAGACGAGCACAGAAAGCUCGGUGAAGAUGUGAUUUGCCACAAGGCGGACCUGCGCUUCGUCUCCAUCUCAGGUCAGAAGGUUCUAGACUCUGUUCAGGGAGCUCUGGAGCAGGUUGGUGGAUCAGAUGCAGCUCUGGAGAGCACCAAGCAGCUGGUCACCGACAAGCUGCAGGAUGCUAACCACAGAUACACCGUCCUGCACACCAAGUCAACAGAGUUGGGCGGCCGUCUGUCCGGCCUGUUGGAGAGAUACCAGCAGUACCAGGAUGAGGUCGUCUCCCUCCACUCCUGGCUCAGCACUCAGGAACAGAACCAAAGCAUAGCGAAGCCCAGUGGGGAGACAGACCCACAGAACCUGCAGAACACACUGCGACAAGUACAGCUGCUUCAGGAUGAGCUGGCAGAGCGCUCGGUGCAGCUGGAGAAGGUGAAGAGAGCAGGAAGAGAUCUGGUCAGUACAGACGAAUCUCCGUCUCUGAAAGCUGUCGACAUCCUCUGUGCUGCAGAUGGUUUGGAGAAGAGAUUCGGCUCCCUUUCUACGUCUGUCUCAGAACGGGCCGAACAGCUGCAGACAGCUGUGGCCCAGUCUGUCAGCGUCCAGGAGGGCCUGAAGGGGCUGCUGAGCUGGUUGGACAAACUGGCUCUGAGCCCUGGAUCAAUUGAGCCCACCGCACAGGCUGUACAGGAUGCCCUGACCCAGAAUCAGAAACUUCGUCAGGAAUUACUCUCCAGGCAAGGCAGUGUGGAGGCAACGCGAGACUCUGUUUCCAAACUGCUCCACACCUCCGAUGCCUCCACAGCUUCAGGCCUUCAGGGCAGUUUAGAAGAACUGACUCAGCGCUUCACUGCGGCACAGGCCAGCCAGGCCGAGAGGGAAGCCGAGUUCAAAGGGCUGCUGCCUAAGCUGGAGAGCUACGAGCGGCUGGGGACGGACCUCCGAGUGUUCGCCCAGAGCCGACUGAAGGCUCUGAGUCCUGUAGGCCAACCAGACCGCAGCGUGGACGAUUACAGGCAGACCAUCGAGGAGGUCCGGUCAGAGCUGGAGCAGGAAGCCGGCCAGCUGAAAUCCUUCUGCAACCUCGGCACCGAGCUCAGCCAAUCAAAAGCCUUCAGUAAUACUCAAAGCUUAUUGGACAAUGUCAAAGGGGUAACUGAAGAAUUCACCCAACUGGAAGAAAAUGUCAAUGAAAGGUUGGCUGCCAUUCAGGCCUGUGAGCAGCAGCUGCUCCAAUUCCGCGGCCUCUCUGGCUCCCUCGUCAGGUGGCUUCAGACAGCGCAGGACCAGCUGCCCUCCAAAGAGGUCAACCUCAACACCGAGGGCCUGCAGAGACGAGUUCAGCAGCUUAAGGACUUGUUGAACGACUGGGAGUCGCAGGGAUCCCGGGUUCAAGAGCUGAACAAGACGGGCUCUGAGCUGGAGUCGCUCAUCAUCGAUAUCACUGCUCCUCAGACCAAAGCAGGUGCUCCUCACAUCAACGGCUCAGCAGGUCCCAGCAGCGUCAAUGGCAUUCACACCUGUAAAGAUCUGACCGAGCUCCAGGUAGCCGUGUCUGACGUGAACAGUCGAUAUGAUGCUUUGGGCGGGGAGUUAAAGGAGCGUCUUGGUCACCAGCAGGCCUCUCUGGAGCAGAGGCAAAAGGCCAGGCAGGGCACAGAGGAGCUCAAGAGCUGGCUGACAGACAGAGAGCACAGCCUGAAACAGGCGCAGACCGCCUCCCCCUCCAAACCGGAGGUGGUGCGAGCUCAGGCCCAGGAGAACAAGGCCUUGCUGUCAGAACUGGCUGAGCACUCGGGGAAGGUGGAGGAGCUGAAGAGCACACUGAGGAAACUGAUUGGUGAAAACCCAGAUUCUCCAGAGGCAGAUACCUGGAGACAACAGCUGCAGGAGAUAGACUCCCGUUGGCAAGCUGCCAAUCAGACGGCAGCCCAGAGACAGACCGAGCUCGAGACGUGCGCCGACAGGCUGGGCAGCUUUGCCUCGGCGGCCAAUCAGCUGGGUCCUUGGCUGAGGGAGAAGGAGCUGAUGAUGAGCGUGCUGGGACCCCUGAGCAUCGACCCCAACAUGCUCAACACGCAGAGACAACAAGCACAGUUCAUGCUCCGGGAGUUUGAGACCCGGCGGCCACAGUUUGACCAGCUAACCCAGUCAGCUGAGGGCAUCCUCUCGCAGACUGGUGACUCUGCUCAGGACCCCAAGGACCUGGCAGAGGUGCGUUCUGAGCUGGGCUCCAUCUCCCAGCAGUGGGAGGACCUAACCAACAGGCUGACCCAGAGGUCAAACCACAUCGAUCAGGCCCAAGUAACCAGCGAACGGUACCAGGCCUUGCUCAAAGAGCUUUCCUCCAGCCUCUCUGCUCUGAGCGAGAGAUUAGACGCUCAGGCCUCGCUGAGCGCCCAGCCUGAGGCGCUGAAACGUCGCCUGCAGGAAACCGGAGAGAUCCGAUCAGAGCUGGAGCGAAGGCGGACCGAGCUCGCUGAGGCCGAGAGGCUCUGCCAGGAGCUGAGCGCCAUCGUGGCUGAACCCUACCUGAAGGAGGAGCUUAGCAAACGGCUGGGGAGUGUCAGCGGGCCGCUCAAGAGUUUGGAGGAGCGUGCAGCUGACGGCCUGUCUCAGCUCCAGGCUGCCCUGUCAUCCACCCAGCAGUUCCAGCAGAUGUUUGAGGAGUUGCGCUCCUGGCUUGACAGGCAGACAGAUCCAAGAGAAUCAUCCACGGUCGCCCUGCCCUGUCAGCCGGGGGCCAUCCACUCCCUGCUGGCACAGACAGAUGAGCUCCAGCGUGGGAUUGCCAGUCAGCGGGGCUCCUACGAGCUGAUCCAGGCCGAAGGAGCGUCGCUGCUCGCCACUCUGCCGGCGGGCGAGCGCUCGGCCCUGCAGGCCCGUCUGACCUCCUUGCGACAGGACUGGGAGAGCCUGAACCACAGGAUCUCAGACCGUGAGGCAAAGCUGAAAAACACUCUGAACAAAGCAGAAAGUUAUCAGCAGCACAAGUCUGAGCUGGUACCGUGGUUAGCAGAGUGUGAAGACCGAGAGAGAGAGAUCCAACCAUCACUCGACUCAUCCGCCCUGGAUGAAGCCUUGCAGAAAGGUCGAAGUCUGUCUCUGGACAUCGAGAGACGACAGCCUCUGCUUGAAGCCUUUAAUACUGCAGCUGAUCAGCUGCUGGAGCAGUGCUGCCUCGGGGAGGAAGAGGUACGCGAUGAGAAGGCCCAGCUGAACCGCAGGGUGGAUGGACUGGGCGAAAGCCUCCAUAACCGCACCGCCCAGCUGGAGGAGCUGGCCAGCCGCCUGAAGGAGUUUGAAGAAGGCAGACAAGCCGUGGAGAGGAGGCUGGAGGCUGCCAAGCACCAGAUCGAAGUUCAGGAGGCUCUAGGGCCUCAGGCAUGUAGCGCCAAAAGCCUGGAGAGGCUGAGGAGUCAGCAGGAGAGUUUGAGGUCCCUGCAGCCGCAGGUGGUCUACCUCAGGGAUCUGGCUCAGGGGCUGGUGCAGGAUGCACCCCAGACACCAGGAGGCAGCACUGAGGGAGCACAGAGACUUCAGGAACAGGCCAAAGAUACAGAGAAAGAGUAUGAAGAUGUUACUGACAAGAUCGAGCAGUGCUGCUCCUCCCUGGAGUCUCGGCUGCAGGGCGUCGGCGAGGUCCAGGCUCACGUGCGCGAUGUCUUCUCGCGUCUCGCUGACCUUGAUGACGAACUGGACUCGCUCAGUCCGGUCGGACGUGAUGCGGACUCCCUGGCCUCUCAGGCCGACGCCCUGAAGGGCUUCCUCUCUCGUCUGGCCAACCUCAGGACUGAGCUGGAGGGGCACGCGUCAGAGUGCACCACCAUGCUGCGGCGGGAGGGCUCCUCUCCCGACCUCCUCGCGCUCAGGAGGGAGACGGAGGCUUUGAGCCGCCAGGCUGGAAAGCUGAGCGAACGCGGCCAGGCCAGGUUGGACCAGAUCGAGGAUGCUGCAGACCGCGUUCGGGAUUUCUACAGGCUAGUGGCUGAGCUGCAAGGCCUGCUGGGAAAGGCAGAAGAGGGUCUGAAUGCACAGGGCCUGGUUGGCACAGAGGUGGAGAUGAUUAAGCAGCAGCUACAGGAGUUCAAGGCUGUGGAGAGAGAGCAGGUAGACAGCAUUCAACCAAAGCUGCAGCACGUCAACGCAGUGGGUCAGGGUCUCAUUCAGAGCGCCGCCAAACACACCGACACCCAGGCGCUGGAGCACGACCUGGAGAGCACCAAUCUCCAAUGGAACUCACUCAACAAGCGGGUGGCAGAGCGGAUCGCUCAGCUGCAGGAGGCCCUGCUGCAUUGUGGGAAGUUCCAGGAUGCUCUGGAGCCUCUGCUCAGUUGGCUGAGCGACACGGAGGAGCUGGUAGCAAAUCAGAAGCCUCCGUCGGCAGAAUACCGCGUGGUCAAGGCCCAGAUCCAAGAGCAAAAGCUCCUCCAGAGAUUGUUAGACGACCGCAGGCCGACGGUGGAAAUGAUCCAGGCUGAAGGGGAGAGGAUCGCAGCCACGGCAGACACUCAGGACCGAGAGAAGAUCCAGACCCAGCUGCAGAGCCUAGCAGAGCGAUGGGCUGACCUGCUGGACAAGGCCAGCGGCAGACAAAGGCAGUUGGAGGAGCUGCAGGUUUUGGCUCUUCAGUUCCACGAAGCCCUCGAUCCACUCGGGGAAUGGCUGAGCACCACGGAGAGACGCCUCAGCUCCGCUGAGCCUAUGGGAACGCAGACGGCCAAGAUCACCCAGCAGAUCGUCAAGCACAAGGCGCUCCAAGAGGACGUGUCCUCCCGAGAAGCCGAGGUUGACCACCUCGAGUCACUGAGCCAGUUGCUGAGCCCGCUCAGUUGCGCGGCUGAUCGUGAUUGGUUAGGCGAACGUGUCGGGUCGGUGAGGUCCGGUCACUCGGAGCUUGCCGAUUGGUGCUCCAGGCGGGCGGGCCUGCUGGAGCAGGCGCUGGCCAAUGCUCAGCUGUUUGGGGAGGACGAGGUGGAGGUGCUGAACUGGCUGGCGGAGGUGGCUCAGAGGCUGGCUCAGGUGUCUGUACAGAGCUAUCACCCCCAGCUGCUGGCUGAGCAGCACAAACACACUCUGGCUCUGAAUGAAGAGAUCCUGAGCAGGAAGAAGACCGUGGACCAGGCCAUCAAGAACGGACAGGCUCUCCUCAAACAGACCACAGGCGAGGAGGUUCUCCUGAUCCAGGAGAAGCUCGACGGCAUCAAGUCUCGCUACGCCGAGAUGACGGCCGGCAGCAGCAAAGCCCUCCGGACUCUGGAGCAGGCGCUGCAGCUGGCCACGCGAUUCGCCAGCGCCCAUGACGACCUCAACCAGUGGCUGGACGGCGUGGAGACGGAGCUUAACACCGUGGAGCCCGACGCCACGCCCGCCUACCAGGAGAGACAAAAGGAGCUGAAGAAGGUGUCUGCAGAGAAGCGUCUGGUGCUGGACACGGUGAACGAGGUGGGCAGCGCUCUGCUGGAUCUUGUGCCUUGGCGAGCCCGGGAGGGCCUGGACCGCCUCGUCGCAGACGCCAACCAGCGCUACCGACAGGCUGAUGAAACCAUCACUCAGCGGGUGCAGCUGGUGCAAGCCGCCAUCCAGAGGUCGCAGCAGUAUGAAGAGGCCGUGGAUGCAGAGCUGGCCUGGGUUGGGGAGACGGAGCGCAAACUGGCUUCUCUGGGGCCCCUGAGCCUGGAGCCUGACGUGACCGUGGCCCAGCUGCAGGUGCAGAGGGCGUUCAACAUCGACAUCAUCAGACACAAAGACACAAUCGAUCAGCUCCUCGGCACCAGAGAUGACAUCCUAGAAGCAUGCAGUGACGCUCAGAAGGAUGCGCUCAUGCUCAAGACGGAUUCUCUGAGUUCUCGUUACGAUGCGGUGAGUCAGAGCCACAGCGAGCGGUUCUCGGCUCUAGAGCAAGCCCAGGUUCUUGUGGCUCGGUUCUGGGAGACCUACGAGGAACUGGAGCCAUGGCUGGGUGAGACUGAAACCCUCAUCGCGCAGCUUCCACCACCGGCUAUUGACACAGAUGCUCUCCGCCUGCAGCAGGACCAGAUGAGGCUGCUCAGGGAGUCUAUCGCAGAGCACAAGCCACACAUCGACAAGCUGCUGAAGAUCGGACCUCAGCUGGCCGAGCUCAGCCUGCAGGAGGGUGCGACUGUGACGCAGCGCUACACAGAUGCCGAAAGACGGUACCAGGCCAUCAAGGAGGAGGUCAAAGGUCGUGCCACAGCACUCGAUGAGGCAGUGUCCCAGUCUGCACAGCUGGUAGAGUUUCACGACAAGAUGGACCCGCUGCUGGAGACUUUGGAGGGGGCAGUGCAGCGGCUUCGGCAGCCUCCCCCAGUGGCGGCAGAAGUGGAGAAGAUCAGGGAGCAGCUGGGAGAGCACCGAGCCCAGGGGCUGGAGCUGGACAAACUUCUGCCGAGCUUCUCCGCCCUCUGCGCCCGCGGAGAGGAGCUCAUCGGCCGAGCGGCUCACGACGAUCCUGCUGCUCAGGCUGUUCGUUCCCGCCUCCUGCGCCUGCGCUCUCUGUGGGAUGAGAUCCGGCAGCGCGCCGAAGAGAGGGAGGGGAAGCUCAACGAUGUCUUGGACCUGGCUGGGAAAUUCUGGGCCGAUGUGGCGGCGCUACUGAGCACGCUCCGAGACUCCCAGGAUAUCGUGAAAGACCUGGAGGAUCCUGGAGUGGACCCAUCGCUCAUUAAACAGCAGAUUGAGGCUGCUGAGGCCAUCAAGGCAGAGACGGACGGCCUGAGGGAGGAGCUGGAGUUUGUCAGGACCCUUGGGGCUGACCUCAUCUUCGCCUGUGGAGAAACUGAGAAACCUGAAGUCAAGAAGACCAUAGAUGAGAUGAACGCUGCCUGGGAGGGCCUGAACCGAACAUGGAGGGAGAGGAUGGAGAGACUGGAGGAAGCCAUGACCGCCUCGGUUCAGUAUCAGGAUGCGCUGCAGUCCAUGUUUGACUACCUGGACAAUGCAGUGAUCAAGCUGUGUGAAAUGUCAACUGUGGGAACUGACCUGGCAACUGUCAAACAGCAGAUUGAGGAGCUCAAGCAGUACAAGGUAGAGGUCUACCAGCAGCAGAUAGACAUGGAGAAGCUGAGCCACCAGGGGGAGCUGCUGUUAAAGAAAGUGUCAGACCACACUGACAGAGACAUGAUCCAGGAGCCGCUGACCGAACUCCGACAUCUCUGGGACAACCUGGGGGAUAAAAUCACCCAACGACAGCACAAACUGGAGGCUGCCCUGCUGGCUCUGGGUCAGUUCCAGCAUGCCCUGUCUGAGCUGCAGGCCUGGCUGACCCACACACACACCACUCUGGACACACAGCGACCUGUCAGCUCUGACCCCAAGGCCAUCGAAAUCGAGCUGGCUAAACACCACGUUUUACGUAAUGACGUGCUGUCCCAUCGUGCCACAGUGGAGACGGUGAACAGCGCUGCCGCUGAGCUGCUGGAGUCCUCUCCUGGUGAUGAGGCGGGCCACCUGAGGGAUCAGCUGGAUCAGCUCAACCAGAGCUGGGAGAGUCUGCUGCUCAAGACCCAGGAGCGGCAGAAGCUGCUGGAGGCCGCUCUGCAGCAGGCUGAAGGUUUCCAUGGAGAGCUGGAGGAGUUCGUCCAGUGGCUGAGGAGGACCGAGAGCCAGCUGUCUGCCGCCAAGCCAACGGGCGGCCUCCCCGAAACCGCCAGAGAGCAGCUUCAGCAGCACAUGGAGCUCCAAGCCCAGGUGACGCAGCGGGCAGAACAGUACAAUCGCCUGCUGGAUCAGGGAGAGUCCAUGCUGCUGGCUCGUGGAGGAGAAGACGCAGGACCCGGUACCACCCAGACCCAGCAGAACCUGGCCAUGCUGCAGAACAAGUGGGCCAGCCUCAAUACCAAGAUGGACGACCGCAGGGCAAAGCUGGAGGAGGCCGUUUCUUUGGCGACAGGUUUUCAGACUUCUCUGCAGGACACCAUCAACUGGCUGACCCAGGCUGAACAGACCCUGAACAUGGCCCAGCCCCCCAGCCUCAUACUGGACACCGUCCUCUUCCAGAUUGAUGAGCACAAGGUCUUUGUGAAUGAAGUGAACACCCACAGAGAGCAGGUCCUGGCUCUGGAGAAGGCCGGCUCUCAGCUUCGCUUUGCCAGCCUGAAGCAGGACGUGGUUCUCAUCAAGAACCUGCUGCUCAGCGUCCAGGCCCGCUGGGACAAGCUGGUCCAGAGGUCUCUGGACCGAGGCCGACAUCUGGACGAGGCCCGCAAAAGAGCCAAACAGUUCCACGAGGCCUGGAGAAAGCUGACAGACUGGUUAGAGGAAGCCGAGAAAAGACUGGACUCAGAGCUGGAGAUCUCCAACGAGCCCGAUAAGAUCAAAGUACAACUGACAAAACACAAGGAGUUUCAGAAAGCACUGGGAUCAAAACAGCCUGUUUACGACACCACGGUGAGGUCAGGGAGGGCCAUGAGGGACAAAGCUCAGCUGCCUGCAGACACUCAGAAACUGGAGAACCUUUUGGGAGAAGUUCGGGACAAAUGGGACACCGUCUGCGGGAAGAGUGUAGAGAGACAACACAAGCUGGAGGAGGCUCUUCUGUUCUCCGGUCAGUUUGCUGAAGCUCUUCAGGCUUUGGUGGACUGGCUGUACCGAGUGGAGCCUCAGCUAGCAGAAGACCAGCCCGUCCAUGGGGACUUGGAUUUGGUGUCUAACCUCAUGGACUCUCACAAGACGUUCCAGAAAGACCUGGGGAAGAGAACCAGCAGCGUUCAGGCGCUGAAGCGUUCAGCUCGGGAGCUGAUGGAGACCGGCCGUGAUGACACAGCGUGGGUCAAAGUUCAGCUUCAGGAGCUCAGCAACCGCUGGGACACAGUCUGCGCCCUCUCAGUCACCAAGCAGACGCGCCUCCAGCAGGCACUCAAACAGGCGGAGGAGUUUCGUACAGCGGUGCAGCUGCUCCUGGAGUGGCUCUCAGAGGCGGAGCAGACGCUCCGUUUCCGCGGCGUCCUCCCCGAAGAGGCAGAGACUCUGCAGGCGCUGCUGCACACGCACCGAGACUUCAUGGGCACCGUGGAGGAGAAGAGGACCGACGUGAACAAAGCUGCCGGCAUGGGAGAGGCCAUCCUCACCGUGUGUCACCCCGACUCCAUCACCACCAUCAAACACUGGAUCACCAUCAUCAGGGCACGCUUUGAGGAGGUGCUCACCUGGGCUAAACAGCACGAGCAGCGUUUGGAAACAGCUCUGAACGAGGUGCUCAACAACGCCAACCUGCUGGAGGAGCUCCUGUCAUGGCUGCAGUGGGCUGAGACCACACUGGUCCAGAGAGACACAGAGCCGCUGCCUCAGGACAUCCCGCAGCUCAAAACACUCAUCACAGAGCAUCAGAUAUUUAUGGAGGAGAUGACGAGGAAGCAGCCAGAUGUUGACAAAGUCACAAAAACCUACAAAAGAAAACCAGCAGAGCCUCCCAGCAGCCUGGCGGAGAGGAGAGGAGCUCGAAAACACCAGCAACAGCAGCAGCAGCAGGCAGCCAUGCAGGUUUCUGGGGGAAACCCUCGACUCAACCAGCUCUGCGCCCGGUGGCAGCAGGUGUGGCUGCUGGCUCUCGACCGCCAGCGCAAACUCAACGACGCUCUGGACAGGCUGGAGGAGCUCAAGGAGUUUGCCAACUUUGACUUCGACGUGUGGAGGAAGAAGUACAUGCGCUGGAUGAACCACAAGAAGUCCCGCGUCAUGGAUUUCUUCAGACGCAUCGACAAAGACCAGGAUGGAAAGAUCACGCGGCAGGAGUUCAUCGACGGCAUCCUGGCCUCAAAAUUUCCAACUAGUAAGCUGGAGAUGACGGCUGUGGCAGACAUCUUUGACCGGGAUGGAGACGGUUACAUCGACUACUACGAGUUUGUUGCUGCUCUGCACCCCAACAAGGAUGCCUACAGGCCGACCACCGACGCUGAUAAGAUAGAGGAUGAGGUGACUCGGCAGGUAGCCCAGUGUAAAUGUGCCAAAAGGUUCCAGGUGGAGCAGAUCGGAGAGAACAAAUACCGGUUCGGAGACUCUCAGCAGCUUCGUCUGGUGAGGAUCUUGCGCAGCACUGUGAUGGUGAGAGUCGGAGGAGGGUGGAUGGCUCUAGACGAGUUUCUGGUCAAGAACGAUCCAUGCAGAGCUCGGGGUCGUACCAACCUGGAGCUGAGGGAGAAGUUCAUCCUUCCCGAAGGAGCAUCUCAGGGUCUGGCCGCCUUCCGGUCCCGGGGCCGACGCUCCAAACCGGGCUCUCGCAACGCCUCGCCCACUCGCUCCUCCUCCUCGGCGUCCCACAGCGGCGCUUCCCUCCCCUCUGCACCCUCUGCCCCCGCCACCCCAACGGCCUCUGCAUCAUCCAGGUCCUCCCAUACUCACUCGCGUGACUAUGCCAAGCCCUGGCUGGCACACAGUAAAACUCCAACGCCAACCAAGUGCCACUGCUGCCCAGAUCUCGGUCACAGCCACACCGCUCCUGGGCACGAGGGGGCAGCAUCUGGGUCCAAGCUAAAGAGGCCAACCUUCCAUUCGAGCCGAGGCUCGCUGACGGGAGAGAACGGAGGAACGACACACACCAGCAAACCGUCACGGACAGAUCCCAAACGAGGGGGGUCCACAGCCAGCGGUCCCACCAGCCGAGCCGGCAGCAGAGCCGGCAGCAGAGCCAGCAGUCGCCGUGGCAGCGACGCCUCAGACGCAUCAGAGCUCCAGGACGCUCGGUCCGUCUGCUCUGACGCCUCAGACACCCCGCGACGCCCGGGCGGAGGGUCCAAACCCUCCAAGAUCCCCACGAUCUCCAAGAAGACCCCCAGCCCAAAGACCCCCGGGGCUACGAAGAAAUAAGCCCAGCCACGGAGAAACUGGAGAACGCCACCCCUCACAGUGGGUGGGCCACUACCGUCUGCCAUCCUGGGUGUACCAGCAUCGCUCUGAGCAUCCAUCCAUAGGCUUGUCUAGAAUGUGUGCACUAUGACUGAUAUUUUCCAGGGGAAAGGAGGAGGCGGAUGAGCUGAAUCUCCUUCUCAUUCUUUCCCAGCCGACUGAAAACCUGCACAGAGGAGAAGAUUCUGGUCUGGCGGUCUCAGGCCAGAGUCUGUGGGGUAAAAAGUGACUGUUCCCCUUUAAGAAGCGACCCCAGUUUGCCUUCCAGUCUCCUGCUUCGUCUUUCAGAAGUUCCCCCACCAGCGAGGAACCAAACACAGACCGACCCGAUGUGAUGCUGCCUUACUUUGUGUUACGAACUGUCCUGAUCAGACACAACACACACACAUACACACACACACACACACACACACACACACACAGAGCCAGGGUAGGGAGCGGGACACGCCGCCACCACCACGGCUGCAAAAACAAAAAAAAGCUCGAGUGGCAUUCAGGAAAAGAAGAAGGAAUUUGUGGGUUAUUAUUUU